CCGUACGUUGACUGGUCGACUCCUCUGCCGACUGGCUGCCAGUCGAGCUAUCCAGUAUCCAGAGAGCCACGGCAACGAAGCUGUCGUAGAGAGUAGCGGAUUCUGGAUUGCUACGUGGAAAAUAGGUCUUAAACAGCUUCAUGUGCACGACCGAUCACGACAAAAAGUGAGACGGGCGGCUUCGACAGAGGCUUUUGGAUGCUGUGCCUACCGUGGCUCAGGUGAAAGAGGACCGGGUGGGUGUCAGGAUGAAGGAGGAGACUGUGUUCCAGCGCAGGCUUUCUCUGUGUCCCAAUGCUACCUCGCCACCCAAGAUUGACCCCCGCACCCUCACCCGCAACCUGUCUUACGGCGGCGACGACGAUCUGUAUCAGCUCAGCACAGGCAGCGAGAUGGACGCCAACGGAGACUCUGUACUGAGCAGCGAGCUCAGCCCUGCCCAGUCACCGAGCAGCCAGUCGGAGUCCCGGAUGUUCAAUGGUGUGGAGAAGGAGUGCCCCUCCCCCACAGAGAGACUGGCCCGGAAGGAGUCCCUCAAGGUCCAGAAGCGAAAUUACAGACAGGAGAAGAAACGGGCAGCCAAAGAACUGUUUAGUGCGCUGAAGGACCCGAGGGUUGUCAUCAUGUCCGACUGGCUCAAGAUCCGAGGCUCGUUGAAGAGCUGGACCAAGCUGUGGUGCAUUCUGAAGCCUGGGGUUCUACUGAUCUACAAGACGCCCAAGAACGACCACUGGGUGGGCACCAUCCUCCUCAACGCCUGCAAGCUCAUCGAGAGGCCCUCCAAGAAGGACGGCUUCUGCUUCAAGCUGUACCACCCUCUGGACAAGUCCGUCUGGGCCGUCAAGGGUCCAACCGGAGAGAACGUUGGUUCCAUAACCCAGCCACUGCCAAGCAGCUACCUGAUCUUCAGAGCUGCCUCUGAGUCCGACGGUCGGUGUUGGAUGGACGCCCUGGAGCUGGCGCUGAGCUGCUCCAGUAUUUACAAGCUGACUGCCAAAGGCGGGAGAGAGGCCGACUUCAACGCGUCCUCUGACUCCUCCCACAUCCUCCACCUGCUGCAGUCCACGGCUCUCAGUGACGCCGAGCUACUACAGUUGAAUGACUCUGACUUCAUGGUGAAUCACCAAAUGGAGACCGACGGCUUCUCUGACAAAUCGGAGCGCGAGGCUCACGAGGACUGGGACACGCCAGCCAAUGAGAACGGAGGCAGGCUGACGGAGGAGAGCGACAUGGACCAAGCGGACGACCUGUCGCCCGGUCUGCAGGCCACGCCUUACGUGGAGCAGGGCCUGGAGGAGAUGGCAGAGGCUGGCGAGGCCUCCCAGGUGGAGACGGUGUCUGAGGAGAACAAGGGUCUGAUCUGGACGCUGCUGAAGCAACUGCGGCCUGGCAUGGACCUGUCCAAGGUGGUGCUGCCCACUUUCAUCCUGGAGCCGCGCUCCUUCCUGGAUAAGCUGUCGGACUACUACUUCCACGCCGACCUGCUGUCACAGGCGGUGCUGGAGGAGAGUGCGUACGGCCGGAUCAAGCAGGUGGUGCGCUGGUACCUUUCUGGCUUCUACAAGAAGCCCAAGGGUCUCAAGAAGCCCUACAACCCCAUCCUCGGCGAGACGUUUCGCUGCUGCUGGCUCCACCCAGAGUCCGACAGCUGCACCUAUUACGUUGCUGAACAGGUCUCCCACCAUCCCCCCAUCUCUGCCUUCUACAUCAGCAAUAAGAAGGACGGCUUCUGCAUCAGCGGCAGCAUCUUGGCCAAGUCCAAGUUUUAUGGUAACUCUCUGUCCGCCAUCUUGGACGGUAAAGCCAGACUACAUUUUCUCAGCAGGGAUGAGGAGUAUGUCAUCACCAUGCCUUAUGCCCACUGCAAAGGAAUCCUGUAUGGCACCAUGACACUAGAACUGGGAGGGAAGAUCACAAUUGAGUGUGAGAAAACCAAAUGUGCCGCAGAGUUGGAGUUCAAGCUGAAGCCUUUCCUGGGCGGCGCCAGCUCGGUCAACCAGAUCUGUGGGAAGAUCCAGAUCGCAGAUGAGCUGGUCUCUACUGUGGAAGGCCACUGGGACGGCGAGGUGUAUAUCCAGGAGAAGCGCAGCGGAACGCAGGAGCUGCUCUGGAACCCGAGUCCGGAGGUCCGAAGCAGCAGGCUCAAGAGGAAGGUGGUCCAUGCGGACCACCAGGGGGAGUUUGAGUCUGAGAGGCUGUGGCAGCACGUGACCAGCGCCAUCCAGGACCGGGACCAGAACCGGGCCACCCAGGAGAAGUUUGUCCUGGAGGAGGCGCAGCGGAAGGAGGCCCGGGAGCGGGGGGACAAGCCCUGGAGCUCCCCGCUGUUCCACACGGACCCCGUCAGCGGAGAGUGGUCCUACCGACACAUAGAGACCCAGCCCUGGGACCCCGAGACCUGCCUGUCUCAGUUCGAGAAGGACGGCGUGAUCCAGACCCACAUGAAGACCAGCCAGCGCCGGCACAACGGCCUCCUGUUCAGCCACGGCUGGGACGGAGCGCAGCAGGCGAAACACCGGAAAAGCAGCAGCCAGCCCUCCAGCUGCAGCCAGAACACUGAGAGUAGUGGCAGCACUCCAGAGCCAACACACUCCUCUGACAAUGAAGACGCUGCGUAUCCGAGCCAAUGCGCUCGGUGUAGCAAGGAGAUGAAGGAGCUGGCCGUUGUGGGGAGCUCCAUCGCCUCCAUACAGAAGGGCCAGCAGGACAUCCAGAGGAACCUGGCGUCGCUGGGCCGCCAGCUGGCCCGCCAGCAGGGGGUGGAGGAGGGCGUUUCGCUGACGGGGCGCCACUGCCUGGUGCUCUGCGUGCUGCUGCUGUCCCAGCUCCUGCUCAACUACGUCCUGACCUGAGCCCCCCCCCUAGACCCCCCCCCGCCCGGCCCCCUCCCCCGACAGAAGCAGAAGGACUGACUCUACGUGUGUAUGUCACUGGGGGGGGAGGGUCGGGUCGGGUGGGGGUGGGGGGGAGGGGGAGCACUCAUGGGCACCACAGCAAUAAUCCCAGACACAGACCCCGUCUCUCUGCCCCCCGGGACCAGGGGUGGCGCCCCCUAGUGUAGCCGGCUGGGACAGCACGGGCGCCGCGCGCACUUUGGUCGGAGGAAUCGCCACGGAGACGCAGAAGGACGUUGCUUCGAGGAGACGGGCAAAACAGAACGUCCCACCAUCCUUUGGACGGGUCUCUUCUAGAACACCCUGCAAUACUGUCGGUCUGUGAGCGUCCGUGUGUCCGCGUGUCCGUGUUCAUUCUUCGGAGGGCCCGUUCCCCGGGACUCCUCGUUCUCCUCGUUCCCAUUCCAGUCCCCUGGGCCUUAUUGCUGAAGCCAAAAAAAAUAAAGAAGCGGACGUUCGACGCGAGGCAUCGGGAGCGCCGCCCGAGAGGAGAGCAGCAACUUCCAAACGCGCGGCCCGGUCUGCUUUCUAACGGCGUGUGCUCAGAGACGCGCUGUCCUCUGUCUGUCCUCUGUCCGUCCUCCACGUCUUUCUAACGAGGAUGAUUUUACCAAAACAGUAUUUGUAAUCAGAGGACAAACGUGUUCUUGUUUACAGCAGCGGGCGGGAAAAAAGAGCUCCGGCUUCGCCAAAGCAAAAGUCCCCGCCGUGUUUUCCGGCUCCGCCCCCCGUCGCCGUGCCAGGCGAUGUUCCUCUAGGGGGCGCUGUUCCCGUGUCAGAAGCACGAGGCCAACGGGGGGCUUUUACUUUGGGAAGCGCAGACGUUUUCCGCCGCUGGUUUACAGGAAGCCCCCGUCCUUCCCCCCGGAGCGUCUAGAACCGGACGUUCUGCGGGGAACGGGGCGGCGCGGCGAGCCGAUCCGUGUGUCUUUGUAGUAUCUGUGCCUGUAGCACCGUCAGAGGUAGGUUUAUAGCAUAGCACUGCUCUGUACCAGACCAUGACACUAGUGGUAUCAAUCAUUUCCAUAGCAACGACGGGGGGGGGGAGGGGGGGGGACAAUGAAGUAAAGUACGAAUGGGAGAUCUUUAUAAAGAAUGAGGCAGGGUUGGGGCGGGGGGGGGGGGGGGGGUUGUUGUCGCAGUAGGCCUAUUGCGAAGAUUCUGAGUGUCUUUUGAGCACACUAUUUCAGCGUGCUGUUUUAAGGUGUACACACUUAAUUAAGGGGUUGGUUUUUUUAUGUAAAUGUAUCAAUUUGUAAAUAUAUUAUUUGUCUGGAGCACAUUUGGACACGCGCGUGUUCAAAAAAGAAUUGAGAAUGUAUUUAUUGGGUGACUAAUCGUGAUUCCUCGAUCGGAACGCAGUCUGAAGGACAGGAAGGAGUGACAAUCACUCUUGUAGGUGUGUGUGUGUGUGUGUGUGUGUGUGUGUGUGUGUGUGUGUGUGUGUGUGUGUGUGUGUGUGUGUGUGUGUGUGUGUGUGUGUGUGUGUGUGUGUGUGUGUGUGUGUGUGUGUGUGUCAGGGGGAGAGAGAUUGUGUGAGGGACACAGAGUCUGAGAGAGAUUGUGUGUGCGUUUAUGAGAGAGACAGUCUGUGUGUGUGUGUGUGAGAGACAUCAAUUUCAAGAGAUUGUGUUUGUGUGUUUGUUGAGAGACAAACUCUUGAGAGUGUUUGUGAGAGAGAUUGUGUUUGUUAGACAGACUCUGUGUGUGUGUGUGCGUGCACAUCAGAGGAUGUGAGUAGGACAGUGAGCCCUAGUGGGCCAUACUACAGCAGGCUUGGUGAAGGAAGGCCUGGUUCUGACCUAAGCUUGGUCGCAGCAUAUGAGGGAAGGGCGUGUCUCGACACAUGGUUCAUAGCCAAUAGGGACGCAGCUCUGAAGGGAGAGGCAGAGCACAGAGCACAGAUGAGGAAGUCGACUUUGAAUGCUUUUAAAUCACAUAUGUUUUAAUGUUUCACAUAUCCAUGUUUUCUACUCUUUACUGCCAUGAUGUGGUUAUUCUACACAGUUUUAUGUCACAUGAUACAACAGAUCAUGAUAUUGCCUCGUGUUUUCAUUCAUACCUGUUACAUACUGUAGCACUACAGUAAUAAAAAAUAUAUUUUAACCCAAAACCA